UUGCACCCGUUGUAUCCGUGACCUCCCCAAAGGUAGAGGUGAAAGCGGGUCAGUCUGCAGUACUAAGCUGUACAGCUGUACAGGGCAACCCAGCCCCUGAACUGUACUGGACUAGACAGAUGAAAAAGUUUCGAAAUGGAGGCGAGAAAUUAACAGGAGACAAACUAGAACUCAAUAGAGUUUCAAGGCUUGAUUCUGGAUUCUACACUUGUCAUGGAGACAACGGGUGGGGGGAACCUGCAAAUUCUACAACGUUUCUUGAGGUUCUGCAUGCUCCUGAGAUAGAGCAACAGGAAACAUUUAUUCACACUAAGGAAGGAGCUGAGGUUGAGGUGACCUGCACAGUACACGCUGCUCCUCUAGCUACUGUUGAAUGGUAUAUGAACGGUCAACUCCUGGAACCUGAGACCAGCGUGAUCAGCAAACAGGGGAACAGGCAUACCCUCUACAUCACGGGUAUUGGUAACAAGCACACCCAUGGGAAGUACAUGUGCCGGGCUGUUAACGCGCUUGGAGAGGCCAGUAAGGUGACUGAGGUGAGCGGACGCGCGAAACCGGCGCAGAUGACCUCGUCGCUGGUUGGGUCAGAGCCGGACAGGUUCACCUUGACCUGGGUGACCCAGUCCAACACUAAGAUCGACAAGUUUAAGGUUGAGUACAGGGAAAAGGACGGAGAUAAGUGGAUUCAAGUUUUCUCUAGUCCCACGGAACCUACUCCACAAACCUUCCAAGGUUCGAUCCUGCUGGAAAACCUUACUCCGGGUACAGAAUACACUGGUAGGAUUGAAUCUAUGAACAUGUACGGGUGGAGUGAUCACAAUACACAGUUCAAGUUCUCCACCAAACCAAUGCCACGAGACAGUCAAAAACCAAAAUAUGAACCGUCAAUCUCUGAAAAAUCGUCCGCAUCGUCCAACAAUGUUUUCUGUCUAGGGGUUCUCACGUCAUUCGUCCUCAUCCUGAUUUUGUAAGAUCAAAAAUCUACAAAGGUAGGAUUCCAUAAAAACGCGAGAAUUCAUUCUGAAGAAGUCAGGAAAAUGACUGUGAUGAGCAAACCUUGAAGAAAUCAUGUGCAUGAUGUGAGCCAGUGACAAAAAACUAAUUUUAGAUUUUUGCGUUUUAUGAAACGCAAAUCGUGAACCAAACUAAACCCAGUGUUGUCCUAAACUGUUAUGUAAAAAGCUUGAAAUGUAAAAAAAUCUCGUAAAUUUCCAAAGAUUUGUGAAAUCGACCUCUACCUCAAUUUGAAUGUAUUUGAGAAAAAAAUUGUUGCUUUCAAA